AUGAGAUCGGUUCUCUUAAUCUCGGGAACGUUUACUAGAUUUCUACCUAGAUCCAAAGAACGAUCGCCCAGCCGCUUGCCAUGGGUCUAGAUACCUUGAAAGCUGCCCCAUGACCACGGCUAGGCAAAAACGUCUGCACUAUCAAGGAGCCACGCAAACUCCGCUGCUUCUAACUGUCACAAACAUGGCUGUGUCUCGGCCUGCUGAUCCUGAUAUCAAUAGAGCGAGUCCUCUUUUCGACGAGUAUAGUUCUAUUUGAACGCUCGUGUGAACAUUGUCAAAUCAUAUGGAAUGCACGAAGGAAAGAGGCAUGCCGGAACGAAGCUUGCUUAAGCCUAUUUAAAGACAACCGUCAACCUACCAUCCUCCCGAGGUCAUGAAGAAUGUCUCCCAUCACCACUAUCGAAGUGGAUGUUAUUAUCGCCGGUGGUGGUACUUCCGGAUGUGUCAUCGCCAGUCGUCUGGCAGCUGCUGAUCCCUGUAUGAAAAUCUUGCUACUGGAAGCGGGCCCUCCCACCCUUGAGGAUUUAGCCCACGUUCAGCCAGCGCGAUAUCUCAGCCACUUGCUACCCGGUAGUAGCACAGUCAAGUUCAAUAUCGGAAAGGAAAGCCCUGAUUUGGAAGGUCGCUCCCCUAUCGUUCCAUGCGGCCAAUGUUUGGGAGGUGGCUCCAGCGUAAACUUCGCGAUGUACGCACGUCCUUCUCCGUCCGAUUAUGACGAUUGGGAAAAGCUGUAUGGAAAUGAUGGAUGGAGCUCGAAGGACCUCAUUCCCCUUUCCCGAAAGAUGGAAACAUACCAGAUUACACCGAGCUCGGACACGCAUGGUGAUUCAGGUCCCAUAAAAGUGUCGUAUGGAGGCAUAUUCGCAAAUCUGGGGCAGCAGUUUCUCGAUGUCGCUGCUGGAUUUGACAAGAGCCGUUCUUUCACUGAUGAUACCAAUGGAAUGCGAGAAUGCAAUGCGUACGGGCGGUGGCAGAAAUAUAUUGGCCGCGAGAACGGACGUCGUUCUGACGUGCCACACAACUACAUCUACAAUCGCAGCUACCAGAAUCUAGAGAUACUUACGGGCUAUCGCGUAAAGCGUGUCAUCUUUGAAGGAAAUCGCGCUACUGGAGUUGAAUAUUUACCUGAUAAUCGAUGGCAUCCCGAUUUAAAACAGGACGUACUCACUGCUCGGGCACGGAGGCUGGUCGUAGUGUCAGCUGGCGCAUUUGGAUCUCCCGCUAUUCUGGAAAGAUCCGGUGUCGGGAGUGAAAGCCUCCUGCGUACACUUGGCACUACAACGCUGGUCGAUCUCCCCGGUGUGGGUGAAAAUUAUCAAGACCAUAACGUCAUCUUUGUACCUUACAUCGUCGACAGCAGGGCGGAAACUCUUGACGGCAUUGUGCGCAAUGAUCCCGACGAGAUAAAGAAAUGGUCUGCACAAUGGUUGGAAGAUGGAACUGGCUUGAUGGCUUCAAACGCUAUCGAUGCCGGUGCCAAAUUACGCCCGUCCGUUAGGGAGUUAGAGACUAUAGGUCCAGAAUUUCGGCAGCGAUGGGAAGAGCAUUAUGCCAAUGCACCAGACAAACCCCUGUUAUGGUUCGGUGUUAUCUCUAUGUUUGUCGGAGACCCCUCUACUGUACCUGUAGGCAAGUAUAUGAGCAUGUCCUACUUCCUGGAGUACCCAGCUUCCAUUGGAUACGUUCAUAUCACUUCCGGAGAGGAUGUCGCUGCAUCUCCUGACUUUGAUCCGAGGUAUCUCAGUAGGCGGGAAGACCUCGUGGCUUUGAGAUGGGGUUACAAACACGGACGAGAAUUUGCACGGCGCAUGCCCUUCUAUCGCGGAGAGUAUGUUCCCGGACAUCCAGCUUUUCCAGAGGGCAGCCGCGCAUCAUGCCUGGCGGAGGCUCUUCCGGUAGACGUAUCGGAAUCAUCUAUCGAAUACACCCGUGAGGACGAUGAGGCUAUUGACAAUUACACGCGCAAGGUUGUGGCGACUGCUUGGCACUCGCUCGGCACAUGUGCCAUGAAGCCCCGUGAAAUGGGAGGAGUUGUUGACUCGCACUUAAACGUUUACGGCAUCAAGGGUCUCAAGGUUGCUGAUAUGUCUAUUGCACCGUCUAAUGUCUCUGCUAACACAUAUUCGACCGCUUUGGUCAUUGGAGAAAAGGCGGCAUGUAUCAUCCUGGAGGAACUUGGGAUAGACACUGGAACAAACUGAGAUUCAUGUCAUCGGCGUUUGAUACUGGAUUACUUUGGGCUUGCAAAUCGUGUAUCUCAUGUUACCACGGUUCAGGCCAUAUGCACAGAGUACACAAGCGACGCCUAGAAUUAUUGACACCGAUUCGAUCAAUGCAAUACUUACUGUUAGGCUGACGAUUGUCGAUAUGGUGGCCACAG